GAAGCAAAGUGUAAAGACGAACAUUUUACAUAGACUCGCUAUUGAAUUUAAUUGUUUAAUUUCAUAGUGUGAGAUGUGUCAAUCAAUAGCAGAGUCUUAUGCCGGUAAAAGCAUUUUUAUCACUGGUUGUACAGGAUUCUUGGGGAAAGUACUCUUAGAGAAGAUACUCUACAGUUGUUCCGAUCUUAAAAAAGUCUACAUACUUCUUAGAGGGAAGCGGGGAUUGACGAUUCAAGAGCGUCUUAAGACUUUGCUGGAGCUGCCAGUAUUUUCAAGAGUUUAUAGAGAGAAAGCAAAAUUUUGUGACAAAAUAGAACCGAUAGUCGGUGACGUAAGUCAGGACGGUCUGGGAAUCUCCCCAGAAGACAGAGUAACUCUUAUUAAUGAGGUAUCAUACGUAUUUCAUUCGGCUGCAUCGAUCAAGUUUAUCGAGCCGCUACACGAUUUGCUCAACGUCAACGUCAAGGGUACUGAGAGGGUAUUAUCUUUAUGUAAAUGUAUGAAGAAGCUUGAGGUCCUCGUUCACGUUUCAACAGCGUAUUCCAAUACACAUAAAAUAUUUAUCGAAGAAAAAGUUUACCCAUCACCAAUCCCUCUGAGCAUGAUUGAUCAAUUGAUUAAAGAACAGCCAGAUGAAGAGAGAACUAAAAUAAUAAUAAAGGGUGAACCAAACGCAUACACAUUCUCUAAGAAACUGGGAGAGGCUUUGUUGGCGGAAAAACAUGGUCAUGUUCCCGUUAUUAUUAUAAGACCUUCAAUAGUGAUUGCAAGUCUAUCAGAACCGCUUCCAGGGUGGAUAGAUAAUUGGAAUGGGGCAACUGGUUUAAUUGGAUCCAUCAGCAAAGGCAUCCUAAGAGUUCUCCCUGGGAACGAAGUCAACGUUUUGGAUCUUAUACCAGUUGACUAUGUCGUUAAUCUCAUAAUUGUAGCGGCUACAAAGAAAAUAUUGUCACAAAGUGUAAAUGUUUACGCUUGUGCUACAAGUACAGAGAAACCUUUGACGUUGAGGAACUUAUUAAAACUGAUCAUAAUAAGUAGUAAAAGAAAUAAAUUUAAUGAAUUACCAUUUCCUGGAGCUUACUUUACGAACUCCAAAUUGUUACUGGUUUUCUUAUCGGCUAUCCUACAAAAUUUUCCUUUAUCACUGGCUGACGCUUUGUUAUGGAUGACAGGAAAAGCCCCUAAAUACCGAAAAAUACUGCGUAGAAUAGUACCAGUCCGCGAUGUAUUAGAAAUCUUCACGUCCAACUCUUGGAAGUUCAGCACGAUGAAUAAUUACUGCCUCUACUCAUCUCUUUCACCGAGUGAUCAAAAAACUUUCCCAUUUAGUCCAUCAUUAAUAAAUUGGUCAGAGUAUAUUCCUAUAUACGUCGACGGAAUGAUAAAAUAUUUAUUUAAGAAAAACCCGGUUUCUUAAAAUCAAAAAUCUCUGCGUAGAUUAAAGUAUAUUUCUAUAAAUGUCAUUUUAUGUAUAAGCAUAACAUUUUGUUAACUAUAUUUCAAGUAACGUGUAUUUAAGCAAUUAUUUAAUAUUAAUUUAAUUUAAACUGUCCAAACCAAUUGGACUAAGGGUCCUUGAAGGAAAGAGUUUACUUAUUUUUUAAAGGCCGACAACGCACUUUCGCCAGUGUGAGUGUCUAUGGGCGGCGGUAUCAUUUAAUACCAAAUGAGCCUCCUGCCCAGUCCCUCUAUUAAAGAAGCAAAAUGUACUGGUCCUUUCUAUUCUUCAAUUUACCCAACGUGGUUGUUAAAGCUUAGAAUUAGUAGUGUCGUAUUGGUGGUAAGAAUACUUGUUAAGAUAGAUGCAAUAAAUAAAUAAAUCUUAAACAAGUAAAAUAUGUAAAAAAUUUCAUUAUUUGUAAUUGCUGUAAUUAUACCAAAAAAAAAUUGUAUGUAUAUUUUUUUGUCGCUAAAAAUUGAGUUAUCCAAAUUUCUUGGAUGAGCGCGUGCGCGGAGCGGUCUCCCCAAGCAGCCUUAACAAAAUCAACUCUACAUGUCGAAGUGAAGUGGCUGAUGCCAACAAACAUUUUUAUACGUCAACAAUACUGAUGUUAUGAUCUUUCUUUAUCCUCCGGUUCUGUUCUUGUUACAAUUCAGUUCAUGCUAACCUAUUAUUGUUGUAAUUCUCCUUUCUUUUCCCUCUUUUUCUGUCAAGUAUCUUUGUAAUUUUGUAAUCUUUCUAACUCACUCCUUCAUAUGUUUUAAUAUAAGAGUAGAAUGUUAAAAUGUUUGUUUCAUACAAACUGCAGUUUUAUAACAUUUGGUAAAUGAGAACCAUAAGAUGUUAACUUUAAUUGUUCAAAACUCUAUGUUGACUUGGCCGUUUCGAUUCUGAAAAAAUAUUUAAAAUAUAUAUUGUUUGAUAUCUACAAACGGACUUAAAAACGUAAUGUAGAAUUUUGAGCGAGCUUUUGGACGCUAUCGCGAAAUAGUGCCUAAUGUCUGUAUAAAAUCUUAAUUUUGCAGUGUACAGUUUAUGGUAUUGUAUAGCAUUUAUGUACAUUUCGUAAAAAUGUUACAUAUUAAUUACAUUUGGUAUACGUCACGAAGUUUUACGCUUCAAGAACAACACACAAUAGUUGCAAAUAGUAUAAAAAAGUUAAUUUUAUAUCUUGCAUACUUAAAAAAACAAGAUAUUUAAAAUAUAUUGUGAGUAUGUCAUGUAUGGUAGAGUUUUUAACAUUGGCUCGACACCAUUUGUCAACAUAAUGUUGUCUUGUUUGUGCACUCUUUUGUAUAAAUCCUAGUUAGCUAAUAUUUGGAUUCUGCGUUAGACGCGCUUUUGAUUAGAAGGUUCACACUUUUCGCUACAUGGUCGGCUGUUUACAACAGUUUAACAAAAGUUAAGUUUAUGGCGCUGGUUCUGAAAUGAUUUUUAUCGGAUCUAACACACGAGUAUUAAUUUUCCAACAAACACUUGCAUCUGGAAGGUGUAUUUUAUUUACUUGUCAUUUGAUCUCUGGUAUCGAGACGAUUAUUGUCGAAAUAUAUUGAGUAAGAGCGCUGUAAAAUUAACAAAUACGGUAAUUGAUCACUGCUUCAAUCUCAAAUUCUCUUU